GGGAAAUGUGUUUUCGUAUCAAUGUAAUUUCGGUCUUGACCUUUGGUCGUGCUGAUUGCCGUUUACUUUGCGCGCUUUUGCGCCUUAAGUCUUAACUCUUUCGGUUGCUGGUAUAUAUUCAACAGCUCAUUUCAGCUAUGAAGCGAGUAGCUUUGUGCGUAUCCUGCUUGAGCGCAUGCCGAGCGAUCCGUGCGAUAUGGCAUCGCCGGAGAGGGCUCUUCGGCCUAAUGUAAACAAUUGACGUCCUGAACUUCAGGUCGCAGCUGGAACUGCAAGUCGCGCCUUUAAGGCUGCCCAUGGGUAGAAAUGCACAUGGCCAGCGACGUGAACAGUGAAUCUAGUGGGAGUGAUUCCGGCUCAACUCCGGAAGAAGAGCGGAUUCGGCGGCUCUUCCAGACCUGUGAUGGCAACGGGGACGGUUACAUUGACAGCCAAGACCUGUUGGCUGUGUGCCGUCAGCUGAAUCUUGAGCACAGCGUCGCAGAGCUGAUGGAAGAGCUUGGAGCUGAUGAGGAUGGGCGCAUCUCGUACGCUGUGUUUCUUCGGAGCCGCAUGCAACUUAUGGGCGAGAUCAAAGCCCUCACACAUCAGGAAGAGGAGAAAACACUGGAAAAGUGCCCCGCUACAUCUGCGCAGGCUUCAGGUUCCUGGAAGGCAGGGAGUGACGCUAGUCAAGGAGCUCUGUCCGAACGGCAUGAAAGUUGGGAGUUCGACUCUGGCACGCGAGACUUGAGCCCAGAGCCUAACACGCUGCAGAGGUUGAUUGAAGCUUCUGGCGGACCCAUACCCAGCAACACUGGUGACCUACUUGAGCUGGCAAACAAGUUACACCUGGCUGCUAUAUCAUCACUGAAAAAUGAAGUGUACGACCUCGCUGGUCGACUGCAGCAAGUGUCCCACGAGAAAGAUGCUCUGGAGAGGAAGCUGAGCAAACGGCAGCUGCAACGCCUGCAGGUUUCUCGGGACCAAGAAGAUCGGCUGGAACAGCAGGCACAGCGUUAUGAGGAGCGCAUCACAGAACUCCACAGUGUCAUUGCUGAACUCUCCAAGAAGCUUGACAUCCAGAGGUCUGCAGUGAUCAAGGAAGAGGAUGAGUACAGUCAGCAGUCGGGAGAUGAAUCAAGGAUCAGUGAUGUCUUGAGCCACUGCACAAGCAACGAGAACUUAGCUACAGAGUCUAUUAGUGACAAAGACAACGAAUCCCCACCAGAGUUUACUGAUGUUAUUUCCGGAAAAUGUACCACCACAGAAGUAGUUGUUCCAGUGCAAACUCAUGAAGGAGAAGAUACCAGUAGUGGCCUUGGAGACAAUGAAAGCUUUGAUGAGAAGCCCCAGGGCUUUCGCAGUAGCAGUAGCAGCCAUGGCGUGCGUGGUGGUCACGUGACAAGUGUGGAGCACCGUGCCACAUCGUGCCAGAGCUUACAGGCAUCCCAGCUGCAGGAGGAAAUGGCGGCUCUGCGGUCACAAAAUGUAAGCCUGCAGGAGCGGCUGGCCCGCCAGGAAGCCGACUUGCAGAGGGCAAGGGCUGCUACAGCUGCACUACGUGAAGACAGGGAUCGCUGCCAGCGCAAGUUUCGUGACCUCCAGCAACGUGUUGCCACAAGUCCCCAGAGUAGCUGUGGUCAGAUUCCAGGUGGCAGCGCAUCCCCAUUGGCUGAGCAGGCAGCACAACCUGUGGCCAAGAUGGCUGAGCGAGUCCGCUUGCGCAAAACAGAACCCCCUGCUUCACCGAGGCUUAUCCUUGGAUCAGAAAUGGCCAGCCUUGGGAUCUCCAGCAGCAAGGUAGCUGAGCAGCUGGUGCAACAGCUGCAGGAAGAGGCACACACUCAGGAAGCCAUUGCUGCCCAGCGGCUCUGCUCUUCAGGCUCUCCCCUUCCCGAGGGCCGUGUACGUGAAUUCGAAGUGGAGAUAGAGUGUCUAAGCAGCAAGGUGGAGCACCUCCGAUGCCAAAAUGACCUUCUUCAGCUGGCACUGGAAGAGAGCCGAGGCCAGUGCGAUCGGCUCAGUGUGCUAUUGGGAAAGCAUGAGUCGAACCAGACUGCCCUGCAACUGGCCCUGGCCUGUAGCGAUCGAGCUCUAGAGGCAUUCGAUGCGUUGCUGGCCCUGGCUGACACUGGUCGACCUCUGGCAAACUACAGAGCAGCUUCCCCUUUGGAGGAAGAGGAGAUCAUGUGCCGCGCCCAAGAAGAGCGGCGACUAGCUGAGGGUCUGGCCCGGCAAGUCCUUCACCGGCUCGACCGUCAUUGCGGCGGUGCCUUGGCAGUGACCUCACCUGGCUGUGUGGCAGCCAGCCCCUGGGAGGACCUCUCUUCACACAGCCACACCACCAGCACAACCAGUUCAACUUCCAGCAGUUGUGAUGGUGGCGAAUUGACUAAGGUCGAGGAGCAGCGCCUGCGUGAGCAUCUGGUGCAGCUGCGCGAUGAGCGUGCAGCAUUGAGAGCUACACUGCUGGAGCUGGAGAGUGUGCACAUUGAACCGCGUGGUGCCACAACACUUUUGGAUGCCCACAAGCUUGACCUGGAGAAUGCCGUGCUCAUGCAAGAACUUAUGGCCAUAAAGGAGGAAAAGGCUGAGCUGAAGGCCCAAAAUUACCUGCUGGAGAAGGAGAAGGCUGCACUGGAACUGCGAGCUGGCAGUUGGGAGGCCAGGGAACAGGCCUACCUGGUCUCCAUUGAGCACAUUAGAACACAGUUGGCUGAUGUGCGGCCACCUCAGCAACCUCCAAUCUCUCUCUCUGACAUUCAGGAGCUGGCUGAAUCCCAGAAGCGGGAGAAAAGCCUCAAGGCACGCGUCGAUGAGCUUGUUGCCACGCUGGAGAAGAUCACCAAGAAUGCAGAGCUCCGCUCCCGGCAGUCGGCAGAAUUCGUCGAUGAUCUCAAGAGGGCUAACAGCGCCCUGGUAUCAGCAUUUGAAAAAGUCAAAAAGAAAAAUAUGGCCAAGCUCAGGAAGGUGGAACUGCAAAUGGCGGCCAUGUCUGAACGACAUAACUCACAGGUGCAAAUGUUGAAGCAGCGAAUAGCGAUGCUUGAAGGCUCCGGUCUACGCCAUGCCUUGCCUCUCUCAGGAAGUGAGACAUCUCUAUAAGGUGGUACACAGAUGAAGUUCAGAAGGAUGAGUUGUUGGUCAUUGAAGUAUCCUAGCUUCUUGUUCAGUUAGUUUCUGAAGUGUUUGUCUUAGCCAUGCCUACAUGACUCCAUGCAGUUCCUCUGUGUACUCAUAUUGGUGCCGUAUAUAUACAUAUAAACACCCAAUGAAGUUCCUCUUUUGCCUGUUUGUUUGCGGUUUCCUCAAUAAUGACUAUAGGCGUGUUACUGUGUAAUGUUGCGUGAGAAGAGAGGCAUUGUACAGAAGUCCCUGUCUUGAGUGUGCACUUGUCCAGUGUGUAAAGUAUGGUCACAUGACAUUGCAGGUGGUUAACAGCAGUGCUUGUGAAAAUUUAUGACAAACAUCUUGUUGCUUCUGUAUGCAAUCAAGAACCAUUUGCCCGAGAAGUGUGUGUGAUAUGAGGUCUACUGGUCUACUUAAAUUUGUUUCCCAGAACAAGAAAAAAAGCUGCAGAGCGUGGCCGCCAACCUCAAUGUACCACUUUAUGUGGGAGCAGUUGGCUGUUUUAGAAGGAAUACUGUGCAAGUAGCACAGGUUAUCGAGCGACAGUUUGUUAGCGGAGGUCAGUUCUGCCCACUUUAUCCUUAAGUUAGCUGUUUAUGACCCAUACUCGGAACACUUGUCUACUACCUGCAUACCCGUGUGAGCAAUAUGGCAGGGGACACACAAAGCCGCAGUCAGGAGACCAUAGCAGCUAGACAUCUACACCAAAUGCACAAUGGGAAAGCUACUUAGUAUGUAUGCACAUGGCAAUUUUGAAUCCACAUGUUACAAGUUACUCUUGCUUAAAACAGCUUUGGUGCUCCCUGCCGUACCACUCAUGAGUGUAUAUACAGCACCCAUAUCAGCUGCUGUGUGUGUGUCUUGGAUCUAUUGCACAUUGGAUCUUGGUCUGUGUCUGCCUGUUGAAUCUGAAAUCUAAUCAGCUAGUUGUGGCUGUAUUCAUAAUGGCAACAAGACCUUAAAGAGUUGAUAGAAUUACAUUUAGUAACUGACUGACCAUGUUUAAUUCAUUAUCAUUAGAGCCUGAUUGAUAUUCUGCUUUUUGUUUAGAGGGAAAUUCAGUGGGUUGUGUUUGAGGAAAUUUGAGCUUCCUUCUUUUUUUUUUUGACCUAGUGAAGGUGCCUUUCAUAAACACAGUUUGCUUGCAUGUGACAUUGGAAGUGCCACAUGAGUUUGACUUGCGAUCUCAUAUACUUUUGUUAUGCUGCAGCUGAAGACCAAAUUUAAUUUUUAUGUUAUUUUUGUUGUUUUCUCAGCAUUGUAUUUCUGUCGUGGAUGUACUGGUUGAGUAAGUACAUUUCCUUAGUAUCUACACCGGUGUGUACAAUAUCCUUCUGAAGGCUUAAUUCAUCCGACUUGUCUUCGUGAGCGCCUUUAAUAGCUAGGUACAAUUGUUUGUAAGCAUGGGUACAAGCCGUAGUGAAGCAUCAAUGGCAUUUGGUGAAAUGUCUAUGCAUGCAUUAGAAACUUUUCCAAAGGCAUUUACUGCAUUAAAUGCAGAAUAGUCAGGGUUUGUAAGGCGUUUAGUCCAACCCAAACCACAUUUCAAGUUUGCCACUGAAAAGUAGCCAGUUAGUCAUCUGCCUCCACCCUCUUGUGUUCUGUUGAUGUGGGACCAGCCUUUAUUGAAUCUCACAGCUGCUUAGAGCAAUCAGUAUCCUUGAACACUGUUCAAAGAAGGAAGUUGCUAGACUGUGCCUUGGUCGAGGCUGCUAAUAAUUUACCCUGUGUACCUAGUCAUUAGGACAGCUUGUCACAGCUACCUAAUAAUCCAGUCAUACAAGGCACUUUUGAUUGCAGUCGAGUCUGAUUUGAAUCAAAUUUCUCGAUUGUGAUUGGCUCCCUUUUGUAAGAUGAGAAGCUAAACAAUUGCGACCAAGAAAUUUGAUCAUGAUGCAAUUGAUACUGCCCCAUUUUACCAGGAUAUAACUUACCUUACUCAGCUGCGCCUAGUGAAUUUUUUUUUUUCUUUCUAACUCGUAGCAGCAUUAAAACUCUGUGAGUGACCUGCAAGACUGCAGACUUACCAGGGUACAAUGAGGUAAACAAAUAUCCGGUAAUGUAGCAAGUUCACAAAGUGCGUUCAGUGAAUGUGUGUGUGAUUUAUCUCCAUUUUGCAUUUAUUCACUACAAGAUUGACGGGACUGCCCGGUGUUUUCAUAAGCAGUCCUGGUUCUCACAUGCAUUGUGUGCUCACACAUGCCAAAGAGCAAACAGUAAUUUCUUCACACUUGUUUUUUCUUACCAGGGGCACUGAACUUAACUCUCUGAACAUGAAGCUUAGGCCCAUAUAAACCAGCGGCCAGUAGCCUGAAUGGUAGAUGCAAUUUGGUGGAUCGCUUCAUUCGGAAUUGACGUAGUAACAUGUUUGCACAACUACAGCUUGAGAUCUCUUAUUGUUUGUGCGUAACCAGCCUGAGGAAGCUCCUCACAUUAUAUUUUCGAAUCGUGCUUUGAAUACAUAAUACAAUAUCUCCCGCUCAACUCCCCACCUGCACUUUCGCACCUCAAAACGCGGUGAGCUUUAGCCACCAGACAACUAGGUGAUCAUUGGCAGGAGGUGGAAAUCUUCACAGUGAGAGCAUAUCACAGGGAAACAGCAAAAUGUGGUCCAACUACACCGAGGAAGUAUAUCUAGGGACUUUCAGACCAAUAGGCUCAUUUCACUAGAGCAAUGCUUGUCCAUGCAGCCUCACUAAGCAAAUGGCAACUGCUGUGGUGCACAAAUAUCUGACUUCUCUGUGCAGUACAUCAUACUCUCUUUAGAAAAUCAUAUAACAGCACAGCUGGAAAACUGUCAUCGCAUAGCCCACAUGUAGCCCAUUGCUGGCAUGGAUUGCAAUGAUUCCUCACUACAUUAUGCUAAAAGAAGACCACAUUCUAAGUUCACAAACAGGGCUACCUGGUCACAUUGUAUUCACAUAAGUAUGGUAUCCACACACUGUUCUUAAGAGCCUCAGCCACAGCAAGGCAGUUCUAGAAAGUGGAAGUUAGGGCAGGGGGAAAAAAAAUGCAAAAAUCUCGCCAAAGAAAGUGUAUAGCAUCCUGCAUUGAUUCCUCUGCAUGGCAUCCACCAUCAUGCUGGGUUUAGGCUUUAUCACCAUGAACAUAUCAAUCAUUUCCAUAACAAAUGCUGACAAGCUUCUUGUCCCUUUCACAAGUUUAGUGCAAUUGCAUGCCAGAUUUUGAUAUGGUUAUCCUACUUAUUGCCUUCCGUGUGACUAAGUAAUCCCUGAUUUAAUAUGUGGGCAGUAGCGUUAACAAAAAAAAAUUCAUAAAAGGAAUGUUUGCUGUCCACCGGCUUGAAGCAGAAGGCUACAAGUGUGACAAACUCAGAUCCUUGGAGUGGAAACUUUGCAAAUGUGUAAAAGAAUUCUCAUUAUGGUUUGAGAAUUGAACCUAGGAUUGUCAACAACCUAGGACAAAGAAAUCACUGUACUGUGUGAGCUAAUCACAGAUUAGUGCAAGGUUGAAUUAAUCGGCAACUCAAAAUGCUGCAAGUAGGAUUGUUUGACUAGUGAAAUCUUUAAUUUGGAUACAAAUGCUAGAAAAUGUUGAGCUUAAGUAUUGAACUGCAUACUGAACAUAUCCUUAUUUAUAAAUGUAGAAAUGUGCUACUUUAAAUCACGGCUACCCUUUUCCAUGCCAAGCUUGCAGGCUCUGAUAAACAUAGUCUGAAAAUGUAUUUAGGACCUGAUGUGGUGAAAUUGUGGCCAAGGCAUGCUUAGAAUGAUUGUGUGUUUAGUUUGUAGCCUGCAGUAGCCGCUUUUUGAAUGGCAAAUUCAAGUACACUCUAUGCAACACCAAUAGCCAAAAUUGAUCUGAAGUUGUUUGCUGGGAAGUAGCUUGUAAGCAUGAUGACUUGUCCUUGUGCAUAAAAUAUUAGUGUUGUGGUUGUUAUUGCUUUUUAUUAUGUCUAAGUGAGUGAAAACUGUCAUGUGUCAUUUUGAUUAGGUGUUUCAACAUAAUGUGGCGUGUGAUUUGCGCUGGCAAGGUCCCAAGUGUGUCCAUUCCAGGACAUCUGGCACAACGCACGCAUAAACUUGGCACCUUGCCAGCUAGUAUUAUUGUAUACUACAAGGCUCUGCUGUUGAACCUCUUACAUGUAUUUUAAGAAUACCUACAUUGCUUCAAAGGAGAUAUGACACAGAUAUAACAAGUUAUCAGACAUGGUGAAGUAAAUCUAAAAUUUGAUUGGCCAUGCUUUAUUUCAGUGAAUAUUCUCCUGCUAUAACGAAACCAAAAAAUGUGUGAUCCAACAUAAUGUCGGUUAUAGCAAAGUAAAUUUUUGUUUGCACAUGACUAAUAUUAUGUGUUCUGGUUACAAGAGUGCAAAAACAACUUGGUAAGAGCAGCUUGAAGUAGCCCAUUCUGGAUGCGGGUGUACGUUUCGGCCAACUGCUUGGCAUGGUUAAGCCACAGCUGGCAAGCCGACGGGCAAAUCACAUGUUGUCACACAGUUACACGGUUGUGUAUUAACGAUGGUGCAAAGUGCAUGUAUGCAAUAUAGCAUUGAUCCCAAGCAAAAAAACGAAAGAGAAAAAAAAAACAUCUGCAAGAGACACUUUGCUGGCCCAUUAGAGGGAUCAAUCCCACUUGCGUCUUCUUCACAUAGACUUGAUUUGUCUUGCAGAUAUCAGUGUGUACUCUUAUAACAAAUAUUGCAUAUAAUGAGGUUCAACUACAUUAGCGUGUUUUAGCAUAUCAUAGCUGCUCUAAGAAUAUUGAUACUGUUUCUACCAGCUGCCAGCCUUUACAUAUGCUAAGUCAAAUCUUGUAUGUACAGCGGGACUUAGCUAGGAUGCACAAAAGCUGGCAUGUGGUCAAAGUAGUAGUAGUAACAAUACAGUGGUAGCGGUAUGUUAAAAUGCAUUUGCCUUAGUGAAAUGCCAUUAUUUCCAUUAUUUUGCCUGUCAAAUGCAAUUUCACAUUGAGUGCACAUGGUAUUUUUCAAUCAUGUUAAAGGGACACAAAAGAGAAACACCAAAUCAGUUUAGAUUGAUAAAGUAUUGUUGAAGGGCUCUACUUUCAUUAAUUUCAUGUUAAUUGAUGAAAAGCUUAUUUUUAAAUUUCACUCCAAGGCAAGUACAUCAGUUUGACAUGACAAAUUACAAAGCGUUUUUUUUUUUGCAUUUUGGUCAUGGUGCAGUAAAUAGUCAUGAAACAUCAUAAGUUCAGUCUUUGGCUCUUUUAGAAUACACAUAGCCCAUUUGUAGUGGUAAAGAUUUAACUAUGCCUAAGCAGACGGCAUCAAAAUCCAGAAUGUCAUGGCAUUUCAAGGCGGUGUUGCCAUCGGUCUUUCAGUUUUUUUCUUUUUUUCAUCUUUUUUGGCUUACCAAGCAUAUCCUCACAGUAAAAGUGUCUUUUUUGGUAAUGUUCAAGGGUAAUUUACCAAUUGAGCUCAAAUUGUUUUGUCUCUUUAGUGCCCCUUUAACUUAAGGCAAAGCGCAAAAUAGCACAUAAGACAACAGAAGGGAACAAAGAGACAGCACUACUAACAACUGAACUUUAUUGCACAUGGUUACCCCAUAUAUACCAUAGUACAACAGGAAGAAAAAAAGCCACUGUCGCAACAUAGGCAAAAUAUCCACCAUAGGCCGCUACUGCGAAAGGAACAAGGGUUUAUGGUCACAACAUUGUGUUCAGCUGGAUGACCAGUCUUUACCAGAUUAUUGACAUUGUUCGAAUGUUCCCGUAAGUGAUCAUUGAGGCACCUUCCCAUCUGAUCAAUGUAUGCUUUCCUGCAGUCUAAAGGAAUACAGUACACCACUCCUUCUAUGCACGAAACAAACUCUUCUCAGUGUCAUGGCGUCUCUUUGUAGUAUUGUUAACUUUCGCGCACAAACCAAACAAUUUCAAAGGGGCUGAAAAGAUGAUGUCAAUGCCAAUACGAUUCCCAAUUUUCUUCAGAUUAUGGCUAGCUUGGUGCACGUACAGCAUGACCACCACGUUUCUGCCUCUGCCUUGUUGGGCAGCGGAAUGCAGGUGAUCAUCUUGUUUUCUUAGCAGGCUGCCAGCCACUGCAGUCAGCAGUUGCCAGGCGUAGCCAGUUGCACUUAGGCGUGAAACUUGGCUUUCGAAGCAUUUUUAAAACAAAGGUUAAUGAUGCCCCGCUUACCUAGUUUGGAAUGUGCUGAUAAAAUGGUAGAAUGGCUUUCUUCCCUUGGGGCUCAUAGCACCAAUACACACGACUGUUCGAGAAAACAAGUGUAAGAUCUAAAAACCUAAUGGAACCAUUAGUAGGCUCUUCACAUGACAAAAUAAGAGGUUGGAAGAACUCGCAAGAAACUGAACAGGAGACAUGGCAGAAGCCAAGCAUUCAUCGUCACAUUGUAGAAACACUACAUAAUCAUCGACAUACCUAAAUACUUUUGCUACCUCUGAUCCUUUCAAGCUAGUGCACAGGAUCAUAUCAUAAUGAGCGAGAACUGGAUCACUUAAGAGAGGCGCGAGGCAAGAACCAAUGCAUACGCCUUCUCUGUAGAAAUGUUGAGUCACUUUCAAAGAAGAAAAUCUUGUUCCUAUCGCGGUAGCGGCCUAUGGUGGAUGAUUUUAUCGAAAAGAAAUCUAUGUUGCAACGAUGGCUUUUUUUUCAUCCUGUGGGUAUAUAUGGGGUAACCACGUGCAAUAAAAUUCAGUGGUUAGUAGAGCUGUGUCUUCAUUCCCUUCUGCUCAGUGUGCUAUUUUGUGCUUUGCCUCAAAAUAUGCAGUACCAACUAGCCAACCAGUCUGUUCUCUUGUCCCUUUAAGCUAACCUGUCAUUCCUUCACAUUUGAAAAGGGUAUUUCCCGGCACUGUAUGGUGAAGGUUUAUGUGAAGUUCGUUAGCACAAGCACAUUUAUCUUACUGGCCGAAUUGAGAUAUGCAUCAAGUACGGAAAUCUUUCAUGCUCUUGUCAUUGUCAUUUGCGCACCCCAUUAUAGCCCUAGCCUAGUGCAAUUUUUUUUUUAACAUCCAGGAGAGCAGCUCUGGCAUGUGUUCUUUUAUUUAUUUUCUUGCUAUGUGAUUGUCUCUGUACAAGCCUGGUUUUACCAUUCCAGGCCCUUUUUCAUGUCUGUAACAGUUUUCUUAUAGUGAUUUCGGUUCCAUAGUUUUGUACGUGAAUGAGUGCCUCUGCAACUUACAUCUGGCCUCUCAACAGGGUUAUUUAGUGUAACAUAUUGAUUAUAAGUGGCAUAGGAAAUAAUUGCAUUUGUACAACACUUGUAUACCCUAAUCAUACCCUAAUUGACGUGAGGGUAGUCUUAGUAAAGGAAUGACCUUCACCAGGUUAUGCAUCGAAUAUACUUUUACAUGUGUGGUCACAAUAUUGAAUCGAACAUAGUGUUUUUUUGUAUGCUUAUUCUUGCUUUCUUUCUGUUGAUUUGAGAUGGAGCUGCGCCAUUGCUUACUUUUUUGUGCCUUGAACAAGAAAAAUUUUUUAUGCUCUGCUGCUAGGAUAUGCUACUGCAUAUAUUGCUGCCUGUCUAAUAGUUGCAAUAUCGUAUCUGAUGGCUCCGCGUUUUGAGCCAUUUAGGAAAAUGCAAUCACCAUCAGCGCUUGCUACACAACUCUAGGGGUACAUAUUAUACUCCCUAGACUUGAACCAACUCACCCCGCAACAUAUUCUACUUGCUAAACAAUGUUAUACAUGGUGUACACAGAAAAGUAUGCAAGAGAAAAUGUGUACACACCUACCCUCCCAAUCCUUCUUAAUCCGUGCAAGGUUUGUAGCUUUUGGAGGCAAUUUAAGGGUUGUGUAACUAUAGUGUGGGUGUUCCCAUAGGCUGUGACAUUUUGUACUUUCUUCUUAUCAUGUAACCAAGGUGACUUUCACUGUUCAUAUUGUUUACCUCACAAAGAAUCUUUGUUAAUGCAUACGUUGUGGCUUGUUGCCUUGCCAGAGGAGUCUGGACCUAUCAUUGUACAAGAAGUUCUUACAGGAUAUGUCAGUGCUGCUGUGUCAUUUCUUUUGUAUUAUCUGCCAUAUAGUGCCAGCCAGCUUUGCUGAUUUUGGGUCUGGGGUACUGCACAAUCUCACCCUUAAGAGCUGUGUAUAUUAAAUGCAUGCGAGGGCAUUAAGAAUGCAUGUUUUGCUGUAACCAUGUGCUAUUAGGCAAAGUUUCCUACAAAAAUUACUAAACCGAACUGCGGCAGCUCCAAGUAUGGCAUUUCAGCCAGGAUGGGAAUGGUGGGCUAGUACCUAUGUGGAUUUGCCUGAGCUUCAUCCUUCUGACUUCAGAUGUCUUUUGUGACUUUGCAAAUUGUUCAACAAAAUAUUGCGUUAUGAAUCCCACUGCUCACAGUGAUUAUGUAUGUGCACCGAGUCUUGUUGCCUUCUGCAUUUAGAAAAAUAAGAUUGCUUCGAAAUUUAGGCCAAUAAUGGUAGAUGAAGCAUAGUAAGCAAAGCCACAAGAAUGUCUGAAGCCACAGGCAUGAAGAUGAAACAAAUCCAUGUAGUACUAACCAUGGCAGCGGAAUGAUAGCAUUGCCAGAGUUCCUGCUUGCAAUUUUACUAGCAAACUCUAUGCUAUUAGAACACUCUGGACGGUCAUGCCAUGUAGCCUUCAAUGUUGGUUGCUUUUGUUGCGUGCACUAUAUUACAGAAUGUUGAUGACCUUCCCUGUGGGAAACCUGUUUUAAGCAAGUAUGCGUGUCAUGAAUUCUAUACCUGUAUACAUAGUUAAUUACUGACAGUGUAUGUAGUACUGUUCUGCCUGUAUGCAAUGGGCAUAAUGACAUGCAAUAGAUUCAGCAUAUGUGGCAGCUAUCUAUGCACCUCUCAGAGAGGUUUUCUUUCUCUAUAUUAAGUCAAACAUUUGACAGCAUGGGUGCUAAUGGCGAGAUACCUGACUACAAAUGCACCAUAUCAACAACUGAGUCAUUAUUGUUUGUUUUGUUUCCUCUCACUUUUCUUUUUUUUAACAGCUAAGUAUAUAUACUUAUGCAACAAUUCUUUCUACCUUCAGCAUUAUUUUAUUCUGACGUAUAUUUAAAUGUGUACAAGUUUACUCACUGCCGUGCUUUAUUUCUCUUAAGUAGAAUAUUUUUCCGACCUUUACCUGCAAUUAGCAUUUACAUGCAGAUAGUAGCUUUCUCAAAUUCCAGUGGAUGCCAUGCAAAAGUUGUCAUCUUCAAAUUAGCGUUCCAAAUUGCUGUGGAAUUUAAGUCAGUACAAAAUAUAGACUCAGAUUCCAGUACAGGUAACAAUUUUUUAUUCGUAUUGCGUUCUGCACUAAUGCUGAGUAGCUUUUCGUCAGGGUUGUAGGUUUGUUGCAGGUUGCAGGUAGAUAUGUGUGUACCAUGUAUACACAACCAAAGAUAUGUGUAAGAAUGCACAGUUUGUAGCUUUCUACUGUCUUUUUAUGGCAGGUUCACGAUCGAAAUAUUCUUGAUUUUUUAAACUUGAGGUGCCUACUUUACAAGGCGCAUUUCAUUAUUACUGUUGUACUUUGCUAUGUUCAUUUUCUUAAGGGGGCCAUGCUGGCAUCACAUAUUUACAGGUGUCUUUUGUUUUAAUAAAGUCAGUGCUUUA